AUGGCGGAGAGUACAAAUUCUUCCGUCAAGUCAGCCGUGAUCGAUUAUUGUACGAAAUGCUUGGAUCAACCAGAACAGGAGAUUCGAAAUCCACCUGGAAGGCAUGACUCGUUAGCAGUACUUAUUAUGGAUAAAGUUACAGUGAAAGUCAUGUCCCACUCUUGUAAAAUGUCAGAUAUUACAGACCAAGGAAUUUCAUUGGUGGAAGAUCUUUUCAGGAGGAGGGAACCUAUGACCUCGAUGGAUGCUAUAUAUUUCAUCCAGCCAUCAAAAGAAAAUGUAGUCAUGUUCUUGUCUGACAUGUCUGGGCGGGAGCCUUUAUACAAGAAUUCAUCUGUUCCAAAAGAAUUGGUUAACCACAUCAAGUGUGAUACAAGUGUGUUACCCCGAAUAGGUGCUUUGAGAGAGAUGAAUUUGGAAUACUUUCCCAUAGAUAAUCAGGCUUUUAUUACUGAUCAUGACGGAGCAUUGGGGGAACUCUAUGGUGAAAAUGUUGAGAGCACUCGCAGAUUUGAUGCAUGUUUGAAUACAAUGGCAACUCGAAUUGCAACAGUUUUUGCUUCAUUGAACGAACUACCUUUUGUACGGUAUCGUGCUGCUAAAGCGUCAGAUGACUCCACAGCAACAUUUCGUGAUUCAAUUCCUUCUAAGAUUGCCGCUGGUGUUUGGAACAAUCUUUUAAAAUACAAAUCUAUUCCCAACUUUCCACAGACUGAGACAUGCGAGCUGCUUAUCCUGGAUAGAUCUAUCGACCAGAUUGCUCCUGUCAUACAUGAAUGGACUUAUGAUGCUAUGUGCCACGAUUUACUGGAAAUGGAUGGAAAUAAAUAUGUCGUUGAGCUCCCUAGCAAAACAGGUGGCAGUUCUGAGAAAAAGGAUGUCCUUCUAGAAGACCAGGAUCCAGUUUGGCUUGAGCUUCGCCAUGCACAUAUAGCAGAUGCUAGUGAACGUUUGCAUGACAAGAUGACCAACUUUGUGUCCAAGAACAAAGCUGCACAAAUGCAACAGAGCGCGAGAGAUGGUAGUGAAAUAUCGACACGAGAUUUGCAGAAAAUUGUCCAAGCUUUGCCAAAAUACAAUGAACAAGUUGAGAGACUAACACUUCACAUUGAGAUUGCUGGAAAAAUUAACGGAGUUAUCAGAGAAUUGGGACUUCGAGAUCUUGGGCAACUGGAGCAGGAUCUUGUUUUUGGGGAUGCAGGUGCUAAGGAUGUUAUCAACUUUCUAAGGACGAAGCAGGAUACAUCUCCUGAAAAUAAGUUGCGUUUGCUGAUGAUCUAUGCAUGCGUGUAUCCUGAGAAAUUUGAGGGUGACAAAGCUUCAAAGUUAAUGCAGCUGGCUAGGUUAUCAAGUGAGGAUUUGAAGGUUGUUAAUAAUAUGAAAUUGCUUCGGGGUUCAUCUGAGUCCAAAAAGACAACAGGUGGUUUCUCUCUCAAAUUCGAUAACCAGAAGACAAAGCAAGCAGCUAGAAAGGAGCGAACUGAUGAGGAAGAAACGUGGCAACUUUUUCGAUUUUAUCCCGUGCUAGAGGAGCUCCUUGAAAAUCUCAGCAAACGUGAAUUGCCAAAGAAUGAGUAUUCGUGUAUGAAUGAUCCAAGUUCAACUGUCCAAGAAAGCACAAGGAGAGGAUCAGUACGGAAAAGUCAUGCUUCAGCUGCUCCAGCUGCUCCAGAGAGAAAAGCUCCUGCACAAUCAAUGAGAUCAAGACGAACUGCAACUUGGGCACGAACUAGUAAUUCUGAUGACGGAUAUUCAAGUGAUUCAGUCUUGAAGACAGCAACGAAAGAGUUCAAGAGAAUGGGACAGCGUAUUUUUGUAUUCAUCGUUGGUGGUGCAACACGUUCAGAGCUACGAGCAUGUCACAAGCUCACAGCAAAACUGGGGAGAGAAGUUGUUCUAGGUUGUUCUAGUUUGGAUGAUCCUCCACAAUAUAUCACGGUCAGAAGUAGGAGGACUGAACAAGGCUUGUUGUAUUUCUCAAGACUCGUGACCAGGCGAAAUAGCAAUCACCUACGCACUGCCGCAAUGCAACCUGAACACUGUUUAUUACAGUAG